AUGCGGCGGGCGCUGCUCACCCUCCUGCUGCUGCUCGCCCGCCCGCAGCCCGCCGCCGCUCGCCCCGACGGCUCCGUCCCGGCGGCCGCGGCCGGUGCCGAGUUGCGGGGCCGCCCGCUCUGGCCGCCUCUGGCGCCGCCGCCCCCGGAGCUGUGGCGGGCGCGGCGGGACGAGCCUCCGUUGUCCAUCGACCUCACCUUCCACCUUCUGCGGCACCUCCUGCUGCUCGCCCGCGCCCAGAGCCAGCGCGCCCGCGCCGACAGCAACCGCCUCAUCCUCGACGCCGUGGGGCGCUGA